AUGAGUGAACGUCAAGUGCCGACUGCCGUUGCGCAACGUAUUAUCAUUCGUUUUUUAGUGGGAGAAGACGUUAAAAACACGGAUAUUUUUGUGCGUUUGCAAAAGCAGUUCGGUAGUGAGUGCCUGAGUAGGGCUGCCGUGUUUAAAUGGGCCAAAGCAUUCAAGGAUGGCCGCAAAACCGUCGAGAAUGAGCCACAUGAUCGUCGACCGCGAACCAGCGUCACACCAGACAACAUUCGCCGUGUAGAACAACUCAUUUUGGAGGACCGUAGGAUGAAUGUUCGAGACAUUUCGGCUGAAGUCGGCAUCAGUAUUGGUAGUGUAGAGUCUAUCAUCCACGAACAUCUUCAAUAUCUCAAAAUAACGGCGUGA